CUCAAGUGUAUAAAAAGCUGAAAGUUUAAAGUUUAAAAUGGCGGAGGGAAAUGUCACAACAACACCACUGUCCUCGCCAGAAAAAACAAAAGUUUUAAAUUUAGACAAAUACAUUUUAUGUAUCUUUGAUAUGGAAACAACGACUUUAUUCCCAAAUUGCGAACUAAUUCAAAUUUCAGCAAUCAGCUAUGGAAGAUCCACUUCGCCAUUUAAUGUUUAUAUUCUCCCCAACGGGAAUAUACCGCAAACACAUGUAACAGGGAUAUCAAAACGACGUGGAAAGCUUUACGAUAAAAACUCAAUAGAGAUUUCCUCAGUGAGGGUAGAAGAAGGAUUGAAAAGGUUUGUAGAAUGGAUAGCUUUUUUCGGGAAGAAGAUUGUACUCAUAGCUCAUAACGCUAAACAAUUUGACGUAAAACAUAUUAUGCUUACAAUGAAAGAGCAUAAUCAACUAGAAAACUUUGAGAAAGUGGUGGCAGGGUUUGUAGACACUUUGCCUUUAUUUAAAGCCCGUUCAAGAGAAAGUUGUUCGUUAAAUAACCUUUAUGAGAAACAUGUCGGUAACACCUUCGACCAUCAUAAUUCUCUAGCUGACUGCCAAGCUUUGAAAAAAAUUCUUCUGAACGCAUCUGUCGAUACCACUGAGUUGGAAAACCACAGUUUCACUUUUAAAUAUGCAAGAGAAUAUUACGAAUUUUUAUUGGAUAUAAAUUUGAUUAAAAGCACAUAUACAAAUUGUUUGCGAGCCGGCGCAAUUACGACUUAUAUGGUAGAAAAGGUAGCGUUGGCUGGUAUUAGAUAUGGAGACAUGGUGGCGAUAUACCAAAGAGAAGGAGGAGAAGGAUUAAAGAAGUUGUUAACAGGAGGGGUUGAAAACAUUCCGUUUGUUACUAAGGAUAAAAAAGUUAUUCAAAAAUUGGCUAAUCACUUGUGAAGUUUGUUUGGCAAUGCAUCCUAAACUUUUAAAGGAAAUAAUAUUGAGUAAAAGUGCUAAACAUCAGAUGGAUUAUACUAGUAAUGUCUGUUUUCUGGUAGUCAAUUAGUUUAAGUGCCUACAUGUCCAAUUUCUAACGUAAUCUUUAGGAGAGAUACAAAAAUAUUACUGAGACAAUUAUAUAGUGUAAAAGCCGAAGGUGUGUUCAUUACAUGAGACACGAUAGCUUCUAAAAACAUACAAAUAUUCAUACAGACUGUAUAAAAUACUUAAUUUUAUUAGAUUUGAUAGGAUUAUGAACUGCGCUUUGUUUACAAGAUAAGCUUUAUAAGUAA